UUAUUUAUAAAACAAUAUUGAAAAUCGUUUAAAAAUUUAAGCAAGUGUACUUGUUUUAUAUUAAAAAUGAAUUUUCUUGUUAUAACGGUCGUGUAUGCGGCUGCAGUGUUUUUAAUAGUGUGCGGCGAACAAACUAGAGAAGUAUAUAUACAAAAACACAAUAAAGUUCAAGACCUCGAAACCUCGGCUUCGGGAUACAUAUACAGGAUGGAUGGACAAAAUCCUCCGUUAUUCAUUAAGCUUGGAGAAGGCAACAAUGAUAAGUUCGAUGCCAUACUGGAAAAUUUUAAAAAGGAAAAUGGCUUUCACGGAAUGCCUGUGGUCAGCAGUAAACGCGCGUCGCCAUACAACAUACCAGUCGUCGGUGAGGAGGAAGCAGUCAACUACAACAAUGGUCGUAGUACUGAAAGCGGUUACCAAAAAAAUUCACAAUUCGGAGACCCGAUCCCGAACGACUUUGACGACGGAAGAUACGGGUUGGACGACGCAGACUAUUCGCCGUCGCCUAUCUCGAACGUCGACGGUUAUAAUUUCGACAACGACAAUAACGGCGACACAUUUGACUUUGAGCUGUCCCCGUUUAAGUACCAUCGAGACGUGUCCGACGACGGCCUAAAAGGCGACGGGCUCGGAUUCGACGAUCAGAAUUAUUUCGGGUCACCUUAUACACAUAAGGAGUACAAGUCACCGGGAAAAUACUCAAAAGCAGGUGGUUCGUAUAAAAAGGCCGGUCAUUACUUCUCGCAGGGCACUCUGGGCGACAGCGGCUACAAGAACCAUCAUGACUUUGACAAGAGUCACGCCGGCAAGUACGGCAAAGAUGACCUAAAGAGCCACUAUAAGAAAGCGAAAGGCCACAGCACCGGUCACAAGACCGAUGCAGACCAUUAUGGUCAUCACAAAAGCGGCACACACGGGGUGAAGGGUCAAAAGUUUGGUGAGACCGAGAACCACAAGAAGGGACACAAGACGACCGGUUUCCACAACGUGUACCACAAAGAUGAAUAUAACAAAGAACAAAAGUUCUACGACAACGCGCACAAGCACGGCAAAUACGACAAGUACGGUGGUAAGCACAAGGACUUUACGCAGAAAGCGGGCGGCAGCAAGCACGGCACCAGCCACGAAUCCGGUUACGACGAGGCGCACAAGGGCUCGGCCGGCCAAUUCAACAAGGGCAACUACUACGAUAAUCACAAGGGCCACAGCGGAGAGUCCGGCCACAAGUCGCACCACGACCAUAAAGCUGAGUACGAUACCCUUUCCGACAACAAGAAGUACGGUGAACACGAGUCUGCGGGUGGCGAUGACUUUUACUGAGCGAAGCGUGGUGACGACUGCCAAGUCUAUACACAAACGCGUGUAUCGCAGUAUACUUGGCGGGAGCAAACGCUUUGACAAACUUACUCUAUAAAACUUAGUACGUAGGUUGCUUAUUACUAACGUUGUUUUACGUCCACGGUCGUGUGCAGCGUGUUAGGUCGUGUCCCCAUUUCGCGUUUUGAUCGAUCUUGUGAAAUGGAUAGACAUUUCAUCUCGAAGUUUACAAAACUGACAUACGUUUUUUUUACACGUCACGGAAUUAUGUACAAUAUGAAUACAUUUUCACAAACCAGACAUGGAAAUUCAGUAGCACGGAACUUAUUCCAUAGUCUAUACAUCCACAUAAUGGCGAAACGAGCGUACCGCUGCAGGUAUUCAUUUUUUUGUAUGAAUAGAUAUUUUUGUAAAUUCGCUCAACAUUUUACUAAAAUGUAUAAUAACUAUUAUCAUAUUGUUCAUACAUUUUGUUUAAUUAAAUUGUUUCUACUUUUAAAAAUGUUUUUCAUUAUGUACGUCAUGUGUAAACAACUUAGUUGAUUCGAAAUGUCUACCCAUUUCACGAAACCUAUCAAUAUUCAAAAUGGAUGCAAUACAUAAAUUUAUUUACCUAUUUAGUACGUUGUUUAUACUUUUAUAAUAAUGAUAUUCAGUGUGACUGUUUGAGUUAACACUAAAUUUCUGACCUGGAUAACGUUAAUUUUACCUGAAUCGAUACACUUUCAAAGCAAUGGUGUGUACCUAAAUGCACAUUAGUUUUAGGAACGUUUCAAACUUAAUUAUUCUUUACCAUGUGUAGUUUUUUCCAAGACUCCUAUUUCUAUAAAUUCCAACACCAGUUUAUUUUUGAAACUCUAUUUGAGCAAGUCCAGGUGACAAGUUUAGAUAGCAAAUAAUGAUAAUAAUAAUAUAAAUA